AGCAGGGCGAAUCCAACUAAAUAAAGAUGCCAGCUAUUGAAGCAGUCGGAGCAGAGGAAGAUCCCUUUGAGCCGUACUACUUUCAGCAUGAGGAGCAGAAGAUUUGCGGCGAGCCCGUAAGCCCAAUAACUGAUUGGUAUGACCCCAAUUACCCCAGUGUGGUGGAUCGAUUCUUUACGCGUUACUACUACAUAAAAGGUGGAGCACCUUACCAGGUUCUCUAUCACUCCAAUCGCAUUUGCCUCAUUUGCCUUGCGCCCACCCAUCCCGCCUAUGGCGAGGGCAUCGCCUCCGUUAGCUACGAUGUGGGCAAUAUGGAUCGCAGCCAGAAUGUGGUCAAGGGCAAAUCCAAGAAGGGCGGCAUGAUUCUACAGGCGGACACAACGCUCGCCCUGCUGACCACGGAGACUGGCACAGUCUAUAAAAUUCCCAGCUGCAUACGAGGCAAGCUGGUGGAAGUGAACACUGCUCUCCAAACGGAUGCCAAGCAGCUGCAUCAGGCCGCUGAGGGUGCGGGAUACUUCGCCAUAUUGUUGCCCAAGAUUGAGAACUGCAGUGAUAUUAUAUCCAACUUAUUGACCCAGCAGCAAUAUGACGAGCAGCUGAAAAAGGGUGAAACAUAACGACAAUGCACACAGCUAAGACGCUCUUUGUAUA